CAUCAUUCUCAGUCAUCUCCUUUUCUCAUGAACGUUUGUUUAUUAGCUUCUACCAUAUUUUAGAGCUACAACCGCUCGAAAAAUAAACUCGUUUUUAUUCUCUUUUUUUUGUUGAAUAUGGAUUCGAGCUCUCUCCUUGCUUUGUGGUUUUGCGUUGCUGUGACGAGCGCCAUGGCUGCAGGCGACAACAGUACAAAUUCCACCACCAGGCCGAGCGAGAUCAGCAUAGGCGCCCUCUUCACCUUUAAUUCUUACAUCGGGAGGGCAGCGAGGUUGGCGAUUGAGCUCGCUGUGGACGAUGUAAACAGGAACUCGAGCGUUCUCGCAUGGACGAAGCUCAAGUUGCUGGCGCAAGACACAAAUUGCAGUGGGUUUCUGGGAACUAUUGAGGCAUUGCAGCUAAUGGAGAAGAAGGUGGUUUCUAUAAUAGGACCACAAUCCUCUGGGAUUGCUCAUGUUAUAUCUCACGCUGUCAAUGAACUCCAUGUACCUUUGCUCACGUUUGCCGCCACAGACCCAACUCUUUCUUCUCUGCAGUAUCCUUACUUGAUUCGUACAACACAGAGCGACUAUUUCCAGAUGAAUGGAAUAGCUGAUCUAAUUAGCAACUAUGGUUGGAGAGAAGCCAUUGCCAUUUUUGUGGAUGAUGAUUAUGGUAGAGGUGGAAUAACCGCAUUAGAUGAUGCUCUAGCAACUAAACGCUCUAAGAUCUCCUACAAAGCAGCCUUUCCUCCACAUGCUGAUGCAACCAUGAUCAAGGACGUUUUGGUGCAAGUAAAUCUCAUGGAAUCCAGGGUUUAUGUUGUACAUGUAAACCCAGAUUCCGGUCUCACAGUCUUUUCGCUAGCCAAAUCUUUAGGAAUGAUGGGUAGUGGUUAUGUGUGGAUUGCUUCAGAUUGGCUUGCUUCGGUUUUAGAUUCAACUUAUCCGCAAAAUUUUGACACCAUGAACCUUAUACAAGGGGUCAUUGUUUUUCGUCAGCAUACAGCAGAUUCUGAUCUGAAGAGAGCAUUUGUGACCAGAUGGAGUCAGAUGGUUAGGAGUGGGAAUGCAAGUUCAAGCUUGAAUACUUAUGCGUUGUAUGCUUAUGAUUCUGUUUGGUUACUUGCUCAUGCUAUUGACCAGUUCCUCCGAGAAGGAGAGACAUUUUCUUUCUCUGAUGAUCCGAGAUUACAUGAUGCAAAUGGAAGCUCGCUACAUUUAACUUCACUCAAGUACUUUGAUGGUGGUGAACAACUUCUCAAGAAAUUGCUGCUAACCAACUUCACAGGUGUCACUGGUCAAGUUCAAUUUGAUUCUGAGGGCAAUCUAAUCCAUCCGGCUUAUGAAAUACUCAAUAUUGGUGGGACAGGCCUACGAACACUUGGGUUCUGGUCUAAUUACUCUGGUUUUUCAGUUGUUGUUCCUGAAGUUCUCUAUGGCAAAUCGCUGAAUGCGCCCACCAGUAACCAACUGCUCUACAAUGCCAUUUGGCCGGGUGAAACAACAACAAAGCCUCGAGGUUGGGUGUUCCCAAACAACGGAAAGCCGAUACGGAUUGGAGUUCCUUAUCGUACAAGUUAUAAGGAAUUCAUAUCAAAAGACAGUAGCCCUGAUGGUGUACAAGGAUACUGCAUUGAUGUGUUUAAAGCUGCGAUCAACUUGUUGCCCUAUCCUGUUCCAUAUUCAUUUAUUCUGUUUGGAGAUGGCAUUAAAAAUCCUGGCUACAAUGAUCUAGUGGAAAAGGUUUAUGAAAAUUACUUUGAUGCAGCUGUUGGGGAUAUAUCAAUCGUGACGAAUAGGACAAGAAUUGUAGACUUUACACAGCCAUAUAUAGAAUCUGGCCUCGUCAUUGUUGCACCAGUCAAAGAGAGAUCUUCAAGUCCUUGGGCUUUCCUAAAACCUUUUUCAGUACAGAUGUGGUGUGUGACAGGGGCUUUCUUUCUUUUUGUGGGAGCCGUAGUAUGGAUUCUCGAGCAUCGUUCAAAUACCGAAUUCCGUGGAUCACCAAGACAACAACUUGUGACAAUAUUUUGGUUUAGUUUCUCCACAAUGUUCUUUUCUCACAGAGAGAACACUGUGAGCACCCUGGGGAGGUUUGUGCUGAUCAUUUGGCUUUUCGUGGUGUUGAUAAUAAAUUCUAGCUACACUGCAAGCUUAACAUCCAUCCUCACAGUUCAGCAACUCUCUUCGGGUAUCCAUGGACUUGAUAGUUUGAUCUCUAGUUCAGAUCCUAUCGGAUACCAGGUAGGGUCAUUUGCGAAAAAUUAUAUGAUGGAAGAGCUUAAUAUUGCUGAAUCCCGGCUAGUGUCCUUGAAUAACCCAGAAGCCUAUGAAAGGGCGCUUGAGCUUGGCCCGAAAAAUGGAGGUGUUGCUGCGAUAGUUGAUGAGUUUGCCUACGUUGAGCUCUUCAUGUCCACCAAUUGCAAAUAUAGGCCAGUAGGCCAGGAGUUCACAAAAAAUGGAUGGGGUUUUGCCUUUCCAAGAGAUUCACCACUUGCAAUUGAUUUAUCCACAGCGAUCUUGGCACUCUCAGAAAAUGGUGAUCUCCAGAGGAUCCAUGACAAAUGGUUACAACACACAGGGUGUAGCUCACAAGAAAGUGAGAUCGAUGCCAACCGGCUCAGCCUCCGGAGCUUCUGGGGCCUUUUUCUCAUUUGUGGCAUUGCAUGUUUGGUGGCUCUCAUUGUGUUCUUCAUGAGAAUAUGUUGCCAAUAUAGCAGGUAUAGUAGCCAAGACGAAGAUGCAAAGCUCGAACCCGAACGCAGCUUGAAGCGUCCAACACGAUUAACUAGCAUCAAGGAUUUGAUUUCCUUUGUAGAUAAGAAGGAAGAAGAAGUAAAGAAUUCUAUCAAGCAAAAAUUGAGCCAUAUGCAGCGACAGAGUGAUCACAUUUUCAAUGGACAAUCCACGUCACCAGCAUAGGGAGAAUGCUACCAGAAAUUUUUGGGUGAUCAAGUUUGUGCUCCGCGGAUGGUCACCCAAACAAGUGCACACCGUAAGAGGGGUGCCGACGAAUAUCCUUAGACAAAGGCUUGAAUAGUAAAGAUAUAUAAUAUAGAAGGGUUAGGCCCCCAAGUGAUUUUUGUGCCAUGGUAGUGAAAAAUAUAGAAGACAAGUGUUUAGUCGUUUGGAGAACCAAAUGAAUGUGAUUGUUGGGGAAGCUUUCUUGAUUACAUAAUAUUUCUUCCUUAAGAAAAUGUUACAGAAUUUUGAUAUACAGAAUUCUGAGAUUGAAGAAACAUUCUUGAUUUUGUAACAAAAUGUCUUUGAAACUAUUGGGAGUGCCA